GGAACUAUUCCUUAUAUGGGGAUACAUGUGACUUCCUACAAGACUCGCAAACCACUUGUAUCAGUCUCGUUGGAGUUGCUAUUAGUAUGCUAUACAGGACAGUGUCCAAGAAUCGAGUUGGUGAAGCUGCUGUUCAUUUUAACUGACUUUGUGACAAUGGCUGCCCCACCAUCUGCCCUACCACAUUGUAAAGAGCUUGAGAAGAAAGUGUUCAACGACCCGAUUCAUGGCCACAUCAGACUGCAUCCACUUUUGGUGAAGAUCAUUGACACUCCUCAAUUCCAACGCCUUCGCUACAUCAAGCAGCUGGGAGGAAAUUGCUUUGUGUACCCAGGAGGCUCACAUAGCCGCUUUGAGCACUCUAUAGGGGUAGCUCAUCUUGCUGGUAAGCUGGUGGAAAAACUCCAGCAUGAUCAGCCUAAGCUCAAAAUCACCACCGAAGAUGUGCUUUGUGUGAAGAUUGCUGGCCUCUGUCAUGAUCUAGGUCAUGGGCCCUUCUCACAUGUUUGGGGUAUCAAAGUCAUUCCAGGAAUGAGGGAAGGAAAACCUGAAUGGGAGCAUGAGCAAGGGUCGUUAAAGAUGUUUGACUAUCUCAUUGAACAAAAUCAUCUCAUGGAAGAGUUCAAAAAGUAUGACCUGUCUGAUAAAACAGAUGACAUUGUGUUCAUUAAGGAGCUGAUUGAUCCCAAGGAGAUGUCUUAUCGUGAUAAAUCGACUGAUUCUGCCAAGCUUAUUGAGGAUUGGCCACACAAAGGACGAACAGUUGAAAAGAGUUUUCUCUAUGAGAUUGUUGCAAACAAGAGGAAUAAAGUUGAUGUGGACAAAUGGGACUACUUCAAGAGGGACUGCCACCAUCUUGGUCUCACUUGCGUCUUUGACAUUGACAGAGCUAUGCAGUUCAUUCGUGUUCUCAAGCCAGAUGGUGAACGUCUGCAGAUCUGCUUCAGGGACAAGGAGGCAAGGAAUAUCUUUCAGAUGUUUCAGACUCGGGAGUUGCUGCACAGGCAUGUUUAUAAGCACAAAACUACCAGACUGAUCGAGGAUAUGCUUGCAAAGGCUCUUAUCUUAGCAGACCAGUCUGGACUGUUCACUAUUCCAACAGGAAGGAUCGAUGAAAAUGGAACCGUUGUUGAGAAAAAAAUGUCCGAGUUCACUGACAAGCCGAUGUACGGACCAGAUGAAGAGCUUUACACCAACUUGACCGAUCAUGUUUUCCAGCUGAUACUAAGCACUAGUGUCAGUGAAGAAGACAGUAGGGAAAGUGCAAAGAAGCUAAAGGAAGCUAAAGAUAUUCUGGUAAAACUCCAGAAGAGAGAGCUGUACAAGUUCCUAGGAGAAGUUCCUUUGUCGUCAAACCUUGACACAAUAUUGCAAGACUUCUUGAAGGAUUCAGCUAUUACAGAAGAAGACGUUUUCCUUGAUGAGGUGUCAUUUGAUUUUGGUAUGAAGGAGAAGAAUCCGUUUGAUCACAUAAUGUUCUUCCCAAAGCACCACGACCAAGAUGAAGAGCCAGAGCCUGAUUGGAUCGAACUAGCAGAUGUGUCCAGUUUUCUCCCUGCAAAAUUUAAAGAGAUUGUAGUGAGGUUCUACUGCAAAAACGCUGACAAGUUUGAUGAAGCCAAAAGCGUCUUUAAGAAGUGGGCUGAAAAGUAUAGGACACAGCUGAGGUCCAAGGACAAACAAGGUGGUGCCACACCAGAUGCCGAGAAUGGUCAACAACAUGAUGAAGAGAAAGAUAACCAAAGUGCCACACCAGAUAAGAAUGGACCUGGAGAGAAACAAUUAGCUGAUCCCUCAAGGCGUAAAAUCCAGUUCUAACAAAGAACUAAACUACAGAGCGUUAAAUAUAAUUAAUAUAGUGAGUGUUAACAAUUAGCAAUGUUAUUUUUAUGAGCAAACAUUCAGAUAGGUCUAGGUCUAGUGAUUUAGUAGGCAAUUAGAUCUACAUGUAUAUAAUUAUAUAUAG